GAUCUACUAGCGCACGAGUGCGUAGUUCCGUUUUUUCGUAAUGGCAGCUGUAGACUUGGACAGGCUGGACGCCCGACUCUCCCGCCUGCAAGCCGAUCAGCUGUAUUGCCUGGACGGCGACAGUUCUCUUGGCAUCCCGAAGAUCACGGGAAGGUCCGUUCCAGGCGCCAUCGCCGAUAUCCGCGCGUGCAUCUCUGCUAUGGAAGACACGAAUGAGCGGCUCCAGCGUCUAUGCGGCAUCUACACGUGCCUCAUGCUUAAGAAGGCGAUUGGUCCCUGGGUUCUCUAUCGCGUCGAGAACGCGGAAGGUGACCAGCAGGACUCCCUUUUCCACCGCUUCUCGUGGGAGGUGCAUUCGAAGCCCGUCCCCGCUGAAUCGCUGUCUAUAAGCAAAGAACUCACCCAAGGAUGUGCACUGGUUCCGCAAAGCGGAGGCACGGGCCACGACGUCUACUGCUUCGCUUUCUUUACAUCAUCGCCGUGGGUGGCAGUCUACAGACCGCCAGAGGGCAAUUCCGAUGGAGUGCGUCAGGUUCUUGGCCGUACUUUUGGCGUUGAUCCUGAGGAACUCGAGCGAGGCGAGUACUUCAACCAGGAUAUGGCGUACGAGGCGGCCAUGUUGAUGGAUAUUGUCGGAGAACGCUGACCCUUGGUUGAUUUGCCCACACUUCACGCUACUCGAAGCCGACAUAUUAUUGCAUGGUGGAAGACGAUGUCAAUUGACGAAUUACGGAUACUGAGGUGUCUACAACAAUGACACAACACGGCCAAAGCUACGCAGUUACGACCCUAAACGUGACGCCAAAUUGCCGUUUUACAAAUGAGAGCGCGGUGACUCAUCUGCCUAUAAAACUUUUCCUUCUGUUUAAAUGGCUAGGAAGCCUUGCAGCGCGUUUUAAUUUUGACGCGUGGACGGAAAGCCCUCCCACAAGUAUCCUCUGACAACGCCAAAAAUUGUGCUUUGCUGCCUUGCAUACUUCGGUUGAAAUGGAUUGGGAAGACGGCCAGGCAAUGUGUGAUGGCCUGGAAUAUGCGGCUAAAUAAAAUCAGUUUUAUCUAUGCUUUGGUACAA